CGGGGAGAAUGGCUUCUACUGAGCGCAUGCGUCCACAGGGGUGAGCGUGAACUGUUUUGUGUUGGCCCCGUUUGGCGCUGGCGCAUGCGCAGUGCAGUAAGCAGCGGUCUCUGGAUCAGACCGGGGACAAACAUCUCAAAAAGAGGACUUUCCGGUUUAUUCCUGGAUGAAUGGCCUCCCUAAGCAGUAGUAGUUUAUCAUCUAUAUGGACCAGUCAUCAGAGGGGUGACCUGACAUGCUCUGCCAGAUGCCUGCUUUGUUCAGUGCACAGGCUGAAUCUGUCCAGGGUUGUGCAGUAAAGAAGGCUAUUGCCUGUAGGACCCCUGCCCCAUCUGUUGCAGAAGUUGAAAGACGUUGAGGAUAUUGCGGGAAUGAAGGAUUAAGCGCUCUGUGGAAAGGGUUGUCUCUUCAACUGUCUUCAUACAGUGCUCAGUCCAAAGGAGACCUGAUCGUGAUGCAGUCCCAGUGUAAACUGCAAGUAUUGGCAUAGCAGCUGCACCCAUCCUGUUGGUCUUCCUUACGCAAUCCCACAAUGCUGCUAUCCAGUCUUCAGAGAUCCCAGGAAUGUCAUCUGAUCACAGAGCAUAAAACAUACCUUAUGACUUAUGUGACAGACUCACAGCUCAGAAAUCAACUUGUGAAUAUUGAUGCUUGCAGAAAAUAGCCCAAGCAACUCACAGAUUCCACUAUGACAUCAGGUGCUGCUUCCCCCACAUUUGUACAGAAAGAGAAAGGAAAGCAAAAGGGAGAAGAUAAUGAUAUGAUAAUCAACUGAUCAGGCAUACAUGAACAACAUUACCAAGAAGACUCCCUCACAUAAAUGAAUCCUACAGCUAUCCUCUGAUCCUACUUUCCCCGCUGGAGGAGGAGUAGGUAAACAACAUGAAGCAAAACUUGGCAUCAUCAGUUAGAUUUAUUUUGCUGCUUUUUCUGAACAUAGAGUGUUUGAAUGAGCAAUCACCUCCUGGAAAGCCUGAGGUCUUGAAGUGUCGUUCUCCAGAAAUGGAAACCUUUACUUGCUGGUGGAAGCCUGGCUCAGAUGGAGGACUUCCUACCAACUACACUCUGCUCUACAACAAGGAAGGAAAAGAACAAAUUUAUGAGUGUCCAGAUUACAGAACUGCAGGUCCCAAUUCCUGUUACUUUGACAAAAAGCACACCAAUCUCUGGACAUCUUAUAACAUUUCUGUAAAGGCAACUAAUGAGGUGGGAAGUAACAUCUCUAACCCUCAUUAUGUGGACGUGACUUCCAUAGUUCAGCCAGAUCCUCCUAUAAACCUGUCUCUGCAAGUAAUACAAUCAGCUGGGAUAGUGUAUCUUUGGGCAAAGUGGUCUCCACCUCCAUUGGUUGAUGUCAGAUCUGGUUGGCUUAUACUUCAUUAUGAAUUACGCCUAAAGUCUGAAGAAAGGGAAGAAUGGGAGACUAUUUUUGUUGGACAGCAAGCACAUUAUAAGGCGUUUAAAUUACAUCCUGGAUUGAAAUACAUUGUACAGGUUCACUGCAUGCUAGACCAUGGAGAAUGGAGUGAAUGGAGCUCAGAAAGUUACAUUCAGAUCCCCAAUGGGCAGCCCCCUGGAAAGCCUGAACUACUGAGGUGUCGUUCUCCAGAAAAGGAAACUUUUACUUGCUGGUGGAAGCCCGGCUCAGAUGGAGGACUUCCUACCAACUACACUCUGUUCUACAGCAAGGAGGGAGACAAAUCAAUCAAUGAAUGUCCAGAUUACAGAACUGCAGGCCCCAAUUCCUGUUACUUUGAUAAAAAGCACACCUCACUUUGGGCAAUCUAUAAUAUCACCAUAAAGGCAACCAAUAAGAUGGGAAGUAACAUCUCUGAGCCUCAAUAUGUGGAUGUGACUUACAUAGUUCAGCCAGACCCUCCUGUGAACCUAUCUCUAGAAGUAAAAAAACAAGUAGAUGGAAAACCGUAUCUGUUGUUGAAAUGGCAUCCACCUCCACUGGCUGAUGUCAAAUCUGGGUGGCUUACUCUUGAAUAUAAUUUGCGACUAAAACCUGAAGAAGGGGAUGAAUGGGAGACAAUUUUUGUUGGACAACAAACACAAUACAAGUUGUUUAGUUUAAAUCCAGGAAAGAAAUACCUUGCACAGGUACACUGCAAACCGGACCAUGGAGAAUGGAGUGAAUGGAGCUCAGAAAGUUAUAUUCAAAUCCCCGGUGACAUAGAGUUGAAGGAUGUGAUUGUCUGGAUCUUUGUGGCUGUAUUAUCAUCUGUCAUUUGCUUAAUCAUUAUCUGGAUGAUGGCUUUGAAAGGCUUUAGUAUGGUAGCCUGCAUCUUACCACCAGUCCCCGGGCCCAAGAUAAAGGGACUCGAUACACAUCUGCUAGAGACAGGGAGGUCCGACGAGUUUUUGAGCGCUCUGGGUUGCCAAGACUUCCCUCCAACAUCAGACUGUGAGGACCUACUGGUAGAAUUUCUGGAGGUAGAUGACAGUGAGGAUCAGCAACUAAUGCCAAGUCAUGAAAAAGGUCAUCCCAGUAAAAAUAUGAAGUCAACACACAAGGAAACAGACAGUGACUCAGGGAGAGGGAGCUGUGACAGCCCUUUCCUACUCUCUGACAGGAGCAGGGAGCCCAGAAUCCCUCCAUCAGCAUUUCAAACACCAGAUAUCAGUGAAAUUUCAGAAAAUAAUGCAAGAAAAAGCAGCUGCGAAAUUCAGAGCACAGACCUAAAAGGGAAAAUACCUUAUUUUAGCAUUGGUAGUACAAAGUUAUCUACGUGGCCUGGAGCUCAGCUAUCUAACAAUCAGACUCCUAAAUGCUCCUACCACAACAUUACGGAUGUUUGUAAGAUAGCCCUUGGCACCAUGAAUGUGAAUGUUACAUCAAUUUUGGGGGGAAAUGAAGAAAAUCAACAGUCACAAUAUUCUAAACCCACUGAAACUAUCAGUGAGGAAAAACUGGACAAGCAAGGAGAAGUGGAGAGCUUGCAUUCCAAAGCUGACCAAGACAGAAUGCAAUUGCUGCCCAGUGAGAAGUCACCUUUUUUGUCUGCUAAACUAAUGGAUUAUGUAGAAAUUCACAAAGUCAACCAAGACGGGGCGUUAGCUGUAUUGCCGAAACAGAAAGAAAAUGGUGGCAAAACUGAAAACUGUACUGUCCCUGGAACCAGCAAGGAAUAUGCAAAGGUCUCAAGGGUUGUGGACAACAGCAUUCUAGUAAUAAUACCAGUUUCAAGAGUUCAGACCACACCUAUGUUUCAAGAACCUCCAAAGGAAUCUGUUCAGAACCUUCAACAGAGUCAAACAGAGAAAAAUAUGAGCUAUUGUUUUACAACUCCAAGUGAGUGCAAAAUAGACACUGGUGGAUUAGAUUACCUGGAUCCAACUUCCUUUAUGUGCUCCUUUAAUUAACUGAAAGUUCGAUUAUCCUUCUUCAGGUAACACUACAGAGUAAAUUAAAUGCAAUUAAAAUGGAAUGUUCUAGUAUGUGGAUUACAUAGAAUUACACUACUAAAGCUCAGUUGUAGCUCACACCUUUCUAUGUUUUCUACUAGCUGAUUGCAGAACAAAUGAUUUCAUUUUCAAAUUGUGAUAUAUAGAUUUACUUUUGUUAAUAGUUAUGUACAGUAAAACAAAAGUAUGUGACAUGGUUUCUUGGAAAGGGGUAUAAUAAAGAGAAAAAAGGGAUUUGUAGGUUGAUGUAAUAGAAUAAAUAAACCUCAGAUCAUUAAAAUAGAUUUUCAAUUUAGGAAGAAAGGACAAGGAAGUGGAUAUUAUGUGCCAUGGAAACCUACAAUGUAAACAAAUUGUUGAACUUCGCAUUUCUUCUAUUAUUUGAUGAAAACUAGCCAAAUAUUGCAGGUUCAACAAAGAUACAAAAUUGGGGGAGGUUGGUCAGUAUACCAUGAUUAAGGCUAAGAUUUUGUCAUGGAUAUUUUUAGUAAAAGUCAUGGACAGGUCCUGGACAAUAAAGAAAAAUUCACAGAAGCCCAUGACCUGUCCAUGGCUUUUACUAAAAAUAUCCGUGACAAAAUGAGGAGCUGCGGAGUCCCGACACCACCCACGUGGCUGGGCAGCUCAGAGCUCCCAGGGCCCCACUGCCUGCGGUGGAUCAGAGCUCGCAGGGGCCCCAAGCUGCAGGGUACCCUCACCACCGUUGGGGGGCAGAGGGACCCUGCAACUCCCAGCCGCUGUGGGCUGAAGUCAUAGAGGUCUCUGGAAGUCCAGGAUUCCCUGACUUCCACAACCUCCAUGACAAAAUCGUAGUCUUACCCAUGAUUGUUCAUACAGUUCUUAGACCAUGUAUACUGCUGAUGAACUACUAUGGCACACAGUGUAUUUUUUCUUAAUGAAUUAUAAACACUGGUAUAGGUUUUUCUAUUAUAUAUUUUUCUCAAUCCUAAAAAAAAAAGUUAGUUUUUUGGAUGUUGACGAUUUCAUAUAUAAAAAAUAAUAUAUUAAAGUAAUUGUAGCAAAGUAGUAAAUCAUUCUCAACAUAUUUUCCUGCUUCUUUUCAAUAUGAUGAAUAAACUACAUCCCACCCAUCUCUUAGCCAAAUAGAACUGAACAAUGUUCACUUUUAUUGAAAGAAAAGAACACUAUUUGAUAGACUGCCUUAUUGUACAUAAUAUAAAAAUCUACUUUAGUAAAAGCCCAUGAGUUCAAAAUGUAUUUUUGAAGACUAUUUUUCUAAAGUAAAAAUAAAAUAUUUUCUAACUUCCCAGAACUAUUUACCUACCUGGCAACUUCACUGAUUUUUUCUGCUGAUGCAGGAAGAGGUGAUAAGAAGUGAAGCUAUCAUUUCAAUAGUGAAACACCAAAAUAACUAAAGGAGACCUGUAGAAUAAUGAAGGAUAUGAAGUAACUUUUGAAUUUAUAUUUCUAAUAGACUGUAGAUGUAAUACAAUGAAUUGAGAAUUAUGUAGUCCAUUUAUUUUAUCAACUAUUCCUGUAAAACUAAGUGGAAUGCUAGGUUUGGGGGGCUUUGUCCCUCCCUAAAUUGCUGUCUCCCUGCUGGCCUUUGGACUGUUCCAUAGAAGUAACUGUGUAAAGUCAAUCUGUGAUGGAAUGACAUCCCCCUACAUCGUAAAAGAUAGACUUUUCCCUGAGCCAGGGAGGACAUUUUAAAGAAGUUACGUUUGCCAAAAUCAAUAUCUCCCUGUCCAAGCUCAAUAGGAUGAAGAGCCAUGACCCCUGAUGUCAAAGAGCCUCUACUCUGCUAAAAUUAAGGAGGAGGAGGGGUCAUACAUUUUGAUCUGGGGCAGUUCCUCCAUAAUGAAAAUGGACCAAUAGAGCCUUCUGCCAUUGCUAGUAACUGAGGCUGGCAGGAAGCACCCCAAUCACCCCAAAAUGACAACUGGAAAUAAUGGCACUCCUUUACUGGCCCUACCCCCCACCCAAAGAAAACCUUAAUUUUCUAAAGGAAAAUACAGUCAAAUAAUGAUUUAUUUGUCUCCAUUGCAAUUGGGCUAAGUACAGAUUAUACUUAGCUGAGUAACAUCCAUAGGUAUAGUGGCCCAGUGGCAUGGAGAAGAGGGUCAGGCUGAGGAUAGAGCAUUGUGUUGUGCAAGUGAUGGGAAAUAUAUUUACAGGACAUGCACUCACCUUCCCUAUCCCACCUCUUUCCCUCAACAGCUCUGCAGUUUUCCAGUAGGCACCUUUUCGGCCUUGUGCACUGAGUCAGCUGCUUAGCCAACGUACAGAAGGGCCCAUCUAGUAGGGCCCACACAUACUACCUUCGGGCCAGAGGAAAGCCCCUCUCUGUUCACCUAUCCACUUAACUUUGACACAGUAAGACUUUGGAGAGGCAUUAAUUUUUAAAAGAACACUACAUUAUGUAGAUAUAAAAUACACUCUGCGUGUGUGUGUGUGUGUGUGUGUUUGUCUAUCUGUCUACACAGUGAUCACCCUUAAAAUAUUUUACUUUAUUCUGGAUAACUAGAUAACUUUAGUGCAGUGUUUGCAGUAUUUUCUGGACAUUGUAUAGGGAAUGCCAUGAUUAUUGCAGUGAAAUUAUCUAGUUAUCAAAA